AUGGCUGAUGAUCUUGAUGACGAUUGGUGGGUAGAAGAACCUCCAACUUCAAUUGCUGAUGAUUCUGGCAUAAAAAUAGCUAUAAAUGGUAAAAAAAAGAAAACAAAAUCUACUGAUAAUAGAGAGACAACGACAACAACAACAGAACAAUCGAAAAAUAUUGAAAAGAAAAAAUUGAAAAUGCAAAAGAAAAAAAACAGCGAAAAUUCAACAAAUGGUGCUUCUAGUAAUGGCGUUAAAACACCCAAAUCAAAGAAAAAAAUUCGUCCAUUUGCAAAAUCAUCCGAUUUAAUCCAAAUAAUUCGUCAGGAUUUCAAAAAAAAAAAAAGUCAAUUAGAAUUAGAUGAAAUCCUUGAUUGUUACACGCCAGAGCAAAAUGUUUUUUGUAAAUGUCGUGAAAAUUCUAAACAAAGUUUAAAUGAAUACUGGUCAUCAAUUAUGAGUAAAAAAAAAUGGCAAAAACAAGUGACUAAACACAAUGAAUUAUGUGGAGCGCCAAUACUGAUUAUAGUUGCAUCAUCAGCUAAGCGAUGUAUUGAAUUAGGUAAAGAUAUGAAACAAUGGUUAUCUACACAAGACGAAAGCAAUGGUGAAACUCUGAAAGACAUAGUACCUAAAAAAAGUCAAUGUCAAUGUUUAUUUGCGAAACAUCAUAAGAUCGAUGAACAAAUAAAAAUGUUGUCUAAAACAUCAAAUUUAAAUGUGAUUAUUGGCACACCAAAACGUUUAGAUGAUUUAAUUGAGCAAAAAGCAUUAAAUUUAAAACGAUUGAAAUAUUUAUGUUUGGACUGGAAUGACGAAAAUGUUAAACAACAACGUUUAUGCGAUUUACAGCAAAUUAAACAAGAACUAUUAACACUAUUAACCAAUGAUAAUUCAUUAAGACAAAAAUUUAAGAACAAAAAAGCAAAAAUUUGUUUAUUUUGA